UCCAGUACAUGUGCAAGUAUAUUGAGUCAACGAAAAGUGCCUAUGGAUUAGACAUGCAGAGAGUGCAACCUUCAACAUGGAGCCUUCCUCAUCUGCAGGGACGAGAAACUGGACGUGCUGGCUCUUACCCUUCGUCGUCGUCGGUGGAGAAGAGAGUCAGCGACUGCAUGCCGCGCAGGGUGGAUUGCAGGGUUCCCAGGCGAGAUUCGAGUGUCUGGACGGAUGAUGGAAACGAUCGGGAUGUUGGAAUCAAGAGUCAUCGCCCGGCCGACUGGGCGGCCAUGGGUGUGCUUGCAAAUGACGAGGCAUUGCUUGAAGUCGAGGUGGAAUUGUGCGAGGCUGAGGAAAACGGAGCGCGUGCCGAGGAUCCAGCAGAGGCAGAGGCGGAUGCAGAAGCCGACGGCUUGAAGGACGACGACGACGCCGGCGAUUUGAACGAUCGGGGCGACUUUGAGGAGGCCGACCGGAAGGCGGAUCGGGCCGACGACGAGGCAGAUGUGAACAAGGCCAUGGCGGCAGACAGGAACGGAAGGGCUUUCGCGACAGAGGGAGCGGCUUGGGCAGCGAACGGAACCGGGCUCGAACGGGAUGCAGCGAGGGACAGACGAUCGGACCGGAUGUCGUCGGCGAUGCGUUCUGGAGUCGAUGCAACGGAGAGCUUGGGAGGAGCAACAUUUUUCGUUUUUCAGGGCUGCCGGUUCGAGCCGGACGCAGCGCUGAUUGGGCCGAUCUCGGCACAGAACAUGGGCACAGCGACGCGCGUGCACGGAAUCGGGAUGUCCUGCGCACGAGCUGUUCGCCAUGAGGAUGGGCGGGCAGCAGAGCAGCCACGGCACGACACUGCAGACAGCCCGCGCGAGCAUUGGCCUGGUGGUCUAUUGCAGGCUCUCGGUUAGCUUGCAUGCCGCGUGGGAUGCUCUCGGUUGGGCUGGAUCAAGCGGAUGGCCAAGGCAAGCAGCUCCUUCAUGCGACGGCAUCGGCCCGGCAUGGUGUGCCCACUGGACGCGGACCCGCAUACAACGCUGCCGAGGAGGUCCCCCCCUGGUGCACAACAGAUCGGCGGCGAAGCUCUGG